CCUCCAACUGUCUGAUCAAUUAACAAAAAUCAAAUCUUUAACUUCGCCACAAUUAUUCCCAUCUUUAUUUUGAUAAAUUUAUCUGAAUUCACUACAUUAUCUACUACCUAGAAUAUGUAUAGGGACUACUUUCUUGAAAUUAGUAGCUUCAACCUUCAGCAUCCGAGAUCUCGAGGCCACUUUGAAUUUUGUGGCGAUGUGGUCCAUGUUCUAUCCCGGAGCUCUCAGAAUCCUGUCAACGAGACUUGGGAAUCCGGGCUCGUUGAUCAAGCAGUUUGGGCCACAGAGGAUGACUAUGGGAUGUGGAACGGAGAAGCCUCAUUCGACACCAAUUCAAACUCGAGCUAUGAUGGGGCUCGUGCAGGAAGUGAGCCACCGAAUAAGAGAUCAAGGGGUUCCAAUUCAGGAGACGGGGCAGCUUCUAACCGGUCAAAAGCCAUUGGAAAGAUGUUUUACAAAACUAAACUGUGUUGCAAAUUCCGGGCUGGGACUUGUCCGUACAUCACCAAUUGUAAUUUCGCGCACAGUGUUGAGGAGCUCAGAAAACCACCGGAUAAUUGGCAAGAAAUCGUGGCAGCACAUGAGGAGGAACGAGCAUCAUCAGCUGAACCAAGGGAGGAGUUUCAGAUCCCGAUUGUUGGGGUUAGUGAUGAGACACAGAGGUCUUACAAAGGAAGGCACUGCAAGAAGUUCUACACCGAGGAAGGCUGCCCAUAUGGGGAGAACUGCACUUUCCUUCAUGAUGAGCAGUCCAAGGCCAGAGAAAGUGUGGCGAUAAGCUUGGGCCCAGGCAGUGGCACUGGCACUGGCAACAGCAAUGGCGGUGGUAGUGGGUAUGGAGGCAGCACGAGUGGGCCUACCCUGAAACCUUCGAAUUGGAAAACAAGGAUUUGUAACAAAUGGGAGCUUACUGGAUACUGCCCUUUUGGAAGCAAAUGCCACUUUGCUCAUGGUGCUGCAGAACUACACAACUUCGGUGGAGGAGCAACAGACUCAGAUGCUAAAGAUCCAUCCACUCCCGACGCCAAACAACUUGUGCGGACAUCAGUUGAUGCUGUCGCUGCAGGUCUUCCUCACACCGAGGGCUAUCAUAUGGGAAUCCCGCCCCAGAGACUGUCCAGCGCGAUACAGAGAACCGGACAGAGACCUAAUCAAAAAUGGAAAGGCCCUGAUAAGAUUAGCAAGAUCUAUGGUGACUGGAUUGACGAUCUCUAAUGGAUAGAGAGGAGGAUAGAAUCUGCUGGUUUUCUUCGCUGAAUAAAGGCAGUUAUAAGAACUAUUGUAUCGGAUGUUGCUCUGCAGAAUAAAGAACGUCGUUCACAGUCUGGAAGUUCUUCCGGCUGGUUUUUGUAUUUCGUAGCAUUUUUCCCUUUCUUACUGUCACGAGACUGUUUCAUCUGUUUGUGUAUUUGUUGGCAAUUUUCA